AUUAUCUAAUUUUUAUUCGCGUUCAAGUUUUUGCCCAGACAUGAAUUUGUCCCUGUUGUUAUUAAUUGCCGUUAAGUUAAUUUAUUGUGAUGAACGAAGUGGCAGAGUUCGGAGAAUUGUUGGCGGGGAACCGGCUGUGCCGCCCCCUGAAGACGAGCCUGUAGUGUUUACGCGAUUUGGCGGAAAAACGGCGAGAGUUUUGGGUAUUAGGGACUUUCCGCAUUAUGUUUUUCGGGGCAUUAGAUACGGGCUUGCCCCCACGGGCAAAGAGAGAUUUCUUAGACCGCGACAGUAUUUUUUGCAAGGGUUAGAAAAUGCCACGCAGUUUCCGCCGCCGUGUGUUCAGCCAGUUCCUGGCGAAGAUAAGGUCACAGGGAAAGAGGAUUGUUUAUUUCUUAAUGUUUUUACCCCGAGUCUUCCCACAGGAAUGGAAGGGCUCCCUGUUAUUGUGUGGAUUCAUGGUGGAGGUUUUCGCUAUGGAUCUGCUUCUCAGUACGGUGUUCGGCAAUUGGUCGGUAAGCAGGUCGUGGUUGUGACGAUCCAGUACCGCUUAGGCUCCUUGGGUUUCCUAAGUACUGGAACCAAGACUCUUCCUGGAAACGCCGGGCUAUGGGAUAUGGUCUUGGCGGUUACUUGGACCCGAAAUUACAUUGGAUUUUUUGGUGGUAACCCCAACAACAUUGUGGUAAUGGGUCAUGGUACCGGUGCUAGCAGCGCCAUCAUGGUCGCUUUAUCUAACGUUGCGAAGGGCUUAGCCAGCGGAAUUGUAGCAAUGUCUGGGAGUUCACUGUCCCAAUUUGCUACUGACGACGCUCCUGCCAACACUGCCAUGGAUGUGGCCGAGGCCAAUGGGUGUCCAGUUGGGUCCGAACUGACCAUGGUUCGGUGUCUGCAGAAUUUGUCUCCUGCUGCAAUAAUAAAAGUCGAUUCGGUUAUUGAAGCCACGCGUUUGCAAAAUCGCGGUUUUGUUUCCGGUCUUGCUGGAAAACUUGGAUCCGCUCCAGUGUUUGAAGGUCGAAGGGAUGGUCGUUCGCUGCCUCCCGUUGCAGAGGUUGAACCUGUGAACGAUCCAGAAAGUACCCAAAAGAAAAUACCGCUAUUGACCGGAAUAACGAAAGAUGAGACUAAGAGGGCCUGUCAUGGGCAAUUCAGAGAUGAAAUUUCCAAUAAAUUGCAAAAAGUUCCCGAAUUUUUGGAUAAGGUACUUGUCAAGAACCUUCAGAACGCAAUUGGGAUAAAUCGAGACAAGAAUUCAACUUCUGGCAAGUUGCUAAAUCUUCUGGAUCCCAACCAGUUUAAAAACUAUCUUCAAUACAAGAGAAAUAAUCUUCAUGAAGGUCUUGCCAAAAUAGCGGAAGCUACAGCAGAUGCGUUAUUCAACGCUCCAGCUUUUCUGACCGCUGAUGCUUGGUCCAAACAUGGUGCACCGGCAUUUUUGUACCGGUUUGAACACGUUGGGAAACGAAGGAAAGGGUACAAUUUUUUGAAAGGAUUACCACUUGUCGGAAAUCAUUCUCAGAGUGAUGACGUUUCCAACGACACAGUUGCCCACGGCGAUGAGCUUUCUUACAUCUUCGACGCUCAAGAUAUGGAAGGCAAGUCGUUAGAAUCGGACACAGGCAACGAAGAGGACAACAAAGUCCGUGAUAUCUUCACUCAGAUGAUUUCGGAUUUUGCCCGUCAUGGAAAACUGAGUGUCGAAGGCAAACACGUGAAACCCUUUUCCAUCACCGACAACAAUUUUGUUCAAAUUUCGCCAAAACCAAAAGUGUCGAAUGGUUUUAGAUACUGCGAAAUGGGGCUUUGGUUGGGCUUGGCUCAAAGAUUGCAGAGUAGCACUUGUGAACUUUUCAAAGUUUUGGAUACACAACUGAAGAACAUUGACUUGGGCGGUGGUACGAAAAAAAUUGGAGAGACCAUUACGGGCAUUGUCAAAGGAGGAGGAAGCAAGAAACCACAAGAUGUAAUCUCAAAAUCAGCAGGCCUUUUAAGUGGGAAUAAAGACAAAAAGGUUUUUGGAAUUGGGGGAUGAAGCUACAAUUAAUAUCAAAUAUGCUUUUAUUAUCACUAUAAAAAUGGCUUUCUUGUAACAUAAUAAAUACACCUAUUUUAAAAAC